AUGGUUUAUGUGCACGCGAAUGUCGACACAAACAUUGAUAACCGCAAAGAUAAUUGCGACAAUAGGAAUACCAAUUCACACAGCGUUGACCGAAAAGAUAAUUUUGGCAAUACAAAUACCAAUUUACACUCCGUGAACCGAAAAGAUAAUUGCGACAACCGUGAGGAUGGCGAUAUGAAUUUAUAUUACAGAGAAGAUAAUUGUAACAAUCGAGAGGAAACACAAUUCAGAACUUUGCAUUAUUCUUGUCAUAAUCAACAAAUUAUAAACUCCUUUACGGGAAACAACAUUGACAAUCGGGUGAUCAAUUUGUCCGGCGCGAAUUUUCCCAAGAAAAUGGACGGAGCGGAGUUAAUGAGGGUCUUUUUCAACGCACCAAUGUCAAUGCCGACCAGUUCGAAGAACGCAAUCAUGGAUCGGCAAGAAGGAUCCACUCAGCCAGCUAUCAGAUAUAACAAUCGUUAA